GGCGACAAGAACCAAAUACGUUCGGACAAAAAAACAAAGUCGACCCAAGUCAGCCGGGCGCGAAAAAGACCUCCACAGGGACUACCCUGAUCGAUUCGAUCUACCAUCAUCAUGGCGCGACGGCCGCACAUUACGCUGAUGCUCGUCGUCGGCGUCAUUCUCUUUGUGUUUACGACCUACAUGCUCUCCUCGAGUGGCUCCUCGGGGGUGGUACAGCAUUCAGAGACUCUCGAUUUAGGCGGAAGUAGCGGCAGCGGAGAUCACAAGAGUGCCAGUGGCGAUGGCGGCAGCAAGUCCGCGUUUGGCAUAUCGGAUAACAUCCUCAAGGGCGGCUCUAUCGCGCCCAAGCUGGAGAAUGCGACGGCCAAAGCAGAACUAGGCCGCGCUUCCUGGCGUCUCUUCCACACCAUGAUGGCGCGCUUCCCCGAGACCCCGACCGCCGAAGAAUCGUUGGCUUUGAAAACCUACAUCCAGCUGUUCGCGCGCCUCUACCCCUGUGGCGACUGCGCAUCGCACUUCCAGAAGCUGCUAAAGAAGUAUCCACCGCAAACGAGCGGGCGCAACGCGGCGGCCGGAUGGGCCUGCUUUGUCCAUAAUGAGGUCAACAAGCGCCUCAAGAAAGAGCAAUUUGACUGUAACAAGAUUGGGGAUUUCUAUGAUUGUGGCUGUGGAGAUGAGGGUGCCAAAAAGGCGGGGGAAGCUGGCGCUGGGGCAGAGGUCAAAACAGAGACAAAGAAGGGAGGAGAUCUCAAGAUGGAUUGAGGGUUGAAUAGGAGGAAAAGUUAAUUCUGCACUUGUAGGGAGGUGAGAACCACGCAUGGACAUCAAGUGACCUUGAGCGGCGUAUGCCGGUAUGCCC